AUGUCUUCUCAACUCCAGGACGUUGCCACUGUUGCGGCACCCGUUGCCCAGAAGGAUAUCAUCUUUCAUGUCACAGCCGACUAUUCUAUUGCCUACUGGUCCAGUCGAGCUCAGGAUGAAACUGUCGGCAGACAGUAUGACUCCGAAGACCUAACUGUCAACGGAGACAACAUCAAGGUCAACAAAGACCUCCCAAUCAUCGCUGCUGUUGCCUAUAAGAACGGAGACGGCCAUGAUGAGGUUCGUGUCUUCUACGUUGACGCCACAAAGUUCUGUCUUCGUGAAGUUCGCCGUAUCGGUGAUGAGAAUUCCAACUGGUCUCAUGGGCGUGUUCUGAACAGCAAAGCCUAUGAGCUGAACGCAAAAAGUGGCCUUACCGCGAAUGUCGUCAACACCGGCAAUGGCAAGACCCAGCUCAAGGUCUACUAUCAGAGGAACUCCAACAGGCUGAGCCUUUCGUACAGCGUCCUCGCCGUCGACAACAAGUGGUCUCUUCAGGAAGAAUGGUCUAACCGAACUGAUGUCACCCAGGCUCAUUGA